UCGCUGCAAAAGCAGGCUAUAGAGAAGGCUCGUUCGUCUUUCUCACGCUUACCAACGGAAGAUGUCAUCUUUCAACAAUGUAUCAACCAGGCUGAUACAAUACCCGAUGUCGUAAAAUCGGUCAUACAGACAUCCCACUCUUACAAAAGCAGGCGAUCCACAGGACUUCUUCGAAAAUUUGAACAGCAUACGCAGUUCUUGCAGAACGUUUCUGAUAUCGUCGACAUCGUGGUUCAAACGCAGGCUGGAAUAGGUUGCCCGCUGUGGGCGCCUAUCAAAUUUGUUCUGAAGGUCUCGAAGGAUCAUGCCCAGGCCGCAGAACAGAUCCUGAACCUAAUAGAAGUGAUUUCAGAAAAUCACCCCCGCUUCGAGGUUUACGGCAAAUUACCACCGAGUCCCAUUCUCCAAACGGCUCUCUUAAACAUAUUCACAGAUGUUGUGGAAUUCUCUGUGCGGGCGUUUCGGUUCUUUAGGCGGAGUGCGCUUGGUUUACCAGUGCUCACAAUCAAACUAGAGGCCCAGAAGUUCCGAUGCCAAAGCUGGCUAGAGCCGCCAAGCAUCAGAGAAUUUCAUCAGCGUCAAGUUCACACAAAGUUGCCUGGGACUUGUGACUGGAUUAAAGAGAACCCCGCCUUCGUGAACUGGACUAAGCCAUCACCUCUUUCAGUUUCCGGCCGGCUCUUGUGUAUCUCAGGAACUCAUGGCUGUGGGAAAACUAUUCUCGCUUCAUCAAUCAUUGAAGACCUACAGAACAAACAGCUACAGAUUAUAUUCUACUAUUUCUCAGGAAAGAACGCUCGUCUAAAGAACCUAGAUGGCAUAGUUCGAGCCUUUCUAUGGCAGUUUUUAGACGGUACUACCGAUCAACGAAGGCUCGGGCUUCUCAAUAGCCUAGUACUAAAGGGGCCUCCUGUACUCAUUGACAUGAUACACGCCCUGAAAGAAGUUGCAGCGUUGGUUACCACACCAAUCUAUUGUGUUGUUGAUGGAGUUGAUGAAUAUAUCGACGAAUCUAACGACACGAUCGAGAAAUUACUUCAACUUGUUCUCGGCCUCCUCAAUGCAAAUGCCAAUUUCCGAGUAGUGCUCCUUGGUCGACAGCAUGCGCUCCAACCACAUGUGCUCGAAGCAACAAUUGGCGCAAAAUCUGAGAUGAUUGAGAUAUACCCGGACUUAGUCAAACGGGACAUCGGUGCCUUUAUUGAAGCUGGGAUAGAUGCAAGGAUAAAUAGCGACCUCCUUAGGCUCCCAGGGCUGCGGGAUUCCAUCUCCAAAAUGCUGCAAGAGAAGUCCGACGGUAUGUUUCUUUGGGUGGAGCUAAUGAUCAAUGACCUUAGCAAAUCAGACUCGCAGUUCGAAGUGAGAGAGAGGCUCCGCAACCCACCGCGGAGUCUUGAAGAGAUAUAUCGACGUCUCUUUUUGCGCCUUGUCAAACGGCUUGAUAAACUCCAACUGAAUCUUGCGAGGAAGCUCUUGGCCUUUACAAUCAUCUCAUGUCGUACAUUGGAGGUCAAUGAACUACAAUAUGCUCUUGCUUUGGACUCUGGAUCUUGCACCUUUAGGGAGCACCUGCUUCUACACCCCGGCCAGAGGAUUCUCGACGUGUGUGGCGACUUCAUCAAUAUAAAGGAUGACUUUGUGCAGUUUAUCCACUUUUCUAUCCAAGAGUUUCUCACCCGGCCAGAAGAUGAAUGGCAACACAGCGACGAUCGAGAUAUAAUUUGCUUCCGAGUGGACUUGGAACCUACACAUCGCUCUCUAGGUUCAGCUUGUGUGGAUUACUUAAGCGUGUGCGAAUAUGGCUUUCCAUUAUCAGACACGGAUGCGUUUUCGAAACUGGCGAAGGACCAUCCUUUCCUAAGAUACGCCUCUAGGUACGCCAUUUCCCAUCUUAGUCAGGCUGGUCCUCUUUGUCCAGCCUCUGCACGGAAAAUCAGAAGUUUUCUUGGAUCGGAAAAUUAUGCCCCUUGGAUCGAAUAUCUAGCCAUGCUUGUCUUAGAAGAUCGGUCUUCGGCCAUGCUAGGUGAUGAGUUUGAGAGAUUCAUCUCUCAACUAGAUAUGGGAGAAUAUAAACUAGGGGCCUUUGAGAAUGAUAUUCGGAUGCACAUGAAUCAAGAACUCGAAAGAAGAACUCGAACGUUUGGAAAACACGACCCCAGGACCGAGCGAUGGCAAUCCUUUCUUCAAAUUAUUUCUCUGAAUGGAGGUAUAGAUGAGGAUACGGACCAUAACUUUGCAAACCAGGCCCCACCGCUAUUAUCGACGGACGAGUCAACGUUGUCACACAUAUCAAAUGCUCUUAUUCGUAACCCGACAUUACCACCGCAUCAACAAAUUGAUGUACUUCUCAAGCUUGGGACCCAUCUCCAGCGAGUGAAGGUUCUUACCGAUCCCCUCAAAAUGUUGUUCCGCACCAUCCUACAAAAAUCCCACGCGAUUCCAGUCUACGUACUUUUAGUGAUUGCGGACUUUUAUUACAGUUUGGACAAGUGGGAGGAGGCCCUUGAAGUUUAUCGCGCUGCAUUCGUUAAGGCUGAGGGUCAAGAAUCACGACUCAAAUUCGUGAUUCUAUAUAAUAUUGGCGUAAGUUUGAGCAAACAAGAGCACUAUAAGGAGGCCGAGAGUAUACACCGGCAAUGUCUUAAAUGGCAGGAGAGAGUUCUAGGGGAGGAUCGUGAAGACACGUUAUGGAGUAUAAAUGAGCUAGCAUAUAUACUCUAUAAGCAAGAGCAAUACGUGGAAGCCGAGGCUUUAUAUCGGCGAUGCCUUAAAUUGCGGGAGAGAGUUCUAGGGGAGGAGAAUAAAGACACGUUAUGGAGUAUACAUUGGCUAGCAUACGUACUGUAUAGGCAAGAGCAGUACGUGGAAGCCGAGGCUUUAUAUCGGCGAUGCCUUAAAUUGCGGGAGAGGGUUCUAGGGGAGGAGAAUAAAGACACGCUAUUGAGUAUAGGUAACCUAGCAUGCGUACUCUGUGAGCAAGAGCAGUACGUAGAAGCUGAGGCUUUACAUCGGCGAUGUCUUAAAUUGCGAGAGAAAGUUCUAGGGGAAGGGCAUAAAGACACGUUAUUAGGUAUAUAUUGGCUAGCGUAUGUACUCUGUGAGCAAGAGCAGUAUAUAGAAGCCGAGGCUUUAUAUCGGCGAUGUCUUAAAUGGCAAGAGAGGGUUCUUGGGGAGGAUUAUGAAGCCACGCUACGGAGUGUAGGUGAGUUGGCAUUUGUACUCUGUAGGCAAGAGAAAUACGUGGAAGCUGAGGCUUUAUACCGGCGA